GAUGGAUUGGAUUAGAUUAGGUAAAUCAAAACCGGACCUAGCAGGAACUCGUGGAAAAAUUCUAACUGUGACAGCUGAAGAACUAGCAAAACAUAAUAAGCCAAAUGAUGCCUGGAUGGCAAUCAGGGGACGAGUGUAUAAUGUAACUCCAUAUAUGGAUUUUCAUCCAGGAGGUAUUAUGGAACUUAUGAGAGGAGUAGGAAUGGAUGCAACAGAACUCUUUAUGGAAGUUCAUAAAUGGGUAAACGCAGAAUCUAUGCUUGAAAAAUGUUACGUAGGAAAAAUGGAAACAAACUUACCAGUGCCGCAAGGCCUACAAGCUAAUUCCCAAGAUAUUAAAGAAAUUCCUAAAUCGGAAAUGGAAAAGGAUAUAGCAUCAGCUUAUUCAUACAAAGGAAAUGAACCAAUUACAAGCUGGGAAGAGUCUGAUCUGAAUCUUAAUUUUAUUGUCUACGGAAAGAGACCUUUACAAGAGGAAGAUGUCGUUAUAGAUCGAUUAAAUAACCGCUACGAAAUCCAUAUAUUCUGUGAGAAACCAUCAAAGAAAGCUUGGUUGAUUCAUUUCGAACCUAAAUAUAAACUAUCUGAUAAAAACAUUUCAACCACUGUUGAAAACAUACAGGGAGAAAUUUAUAGAUUAAUCAUUACGUUUAAAAAAGCUUUACCUGGAAAAUGGAAUAGCCUUGGGAAGUUUUUAAACUCAAAUUUAUCUUUUGAUAAUAGACCUGAUUGGAGUAUGACUAUCUCUAAGCCUUAUACGGUUGUGCCACAAAAUCUCCUUCCUCAAGCAAAUGAUAAAAAUGAUCUCGGCUCUACUUGCUCAUUAAUGAUUAAAAUAUACGACAAUGGUUUUACGACUUGCUUAAGAGGUUUGAAAGUUGGUGAGUCAAUAAUUGCUGGUAAUUACGAGGGCAGUUUUGACUUGGAAAAGUUGAAGAGAGCAGAAAAUCUAGUUAUGAUUGCAGCCGGUACAGGCUUCACUCCAAUGACUUCUCUUAUUCAUUACUGCCUCCAAAAUCAAGAUGACAAGAAAGUAAAAUUAAUGUUCUUUAAUAAGACGGAAGAAGAUAUAUUAUGGGCACGAGAUUUAUGUGUCCUACAAGAAACUAAUUCCAAUUUUAAUGUAAUAAAUGUACUUUCUCAACCGUCUGCUAAUUGGCAAGGCCCAACUGGUAGAAUUCGAAAAGAAAUACUUGAAAACUGGCUACCAGCUGCAAUAUCACCGGCUCUAGUUUGUGUAUGUGGACCAAGUCCUUUUACAGAAACAACCUUUUUAUUAUUAAAAGACGAAUUCCAUUUUCCAGAAGAGAAAUUACACAUGUUCAUAAGUUAA